AUGGAGAGUAGAAGUGGGAGUGGUGCCACGCCAGCGGCAAAUCCUGUAACUCACUUGUCAAAAACUGUUUCGUAUAUAUGCGGAGAAUGUCGGGCUGAAAAUGAAAUUCGACCCAGAGAACUUGUUCGCUGUCUUGAGUGUGGACACAGAGUUUUAUACAAGAAACGGUCAAAACGAAUGAGUGUUUUCGAAGCUCGAUGA